UUUCAGACUGCAGAUGAGAGACUCAGGAGCAGAGACAAUUUUAACUUAGCCAUCCCUAAUUUAUCUCAAGCUUUUUCCAUUUAUCUUCACUGCUGUAUGCACACUGGAACACCAGAUUGUCAUCCCCUGGGAAACAGAACACAGCCUGGGAUCUCGGGAGAUGUCACAGCCUGAGAAAUAUUCAAAUGGUGCUGAUUUUCUUCUGGUGUACUGAGCAGAAGGAAUGAAACUCUCCAUCAAGUCCCUGCUUUGCAGGCAAUAGAUCAGAGGAUAUUGUCACUUUCCUAAUGGAUUAUUGUUAUCGGGCAGGUUCUUCCUGAAGAUGUUGGUUAGGAAAACAACAGCAGCUGGGAAUCCUCCAUGCAACAUAAUGAAGUUGCAGCACUACCACCAUGGUUGAAAUCUCUGCAAAAGCAAAAAAGAGGUGUAUGUCUUUCUCGAUGUCAGAUUCACAGUGAAAUAUUUGGACAAAAUGAGAUGCUUACGAAAGCGAUCCGCUGUAUCGUUCCUAGGAGUGCUUGUCGUUUGCUUGUUGUUCAUGAACUUAUACAUUGAAGAUAGUUAUGUCUUGGAGGGAAACAAGCAGUUAAUCAGAGAAACGGCCACACAUCAGUUAAACUCAGAGCGAUAUGUUCACACUUUUAAAGAUCUGUCCAAUUUCUCAGGAUCAAUAAAUGUUUCCUAUCGCUAUCUGGCUGGCACACCUUUGUUCAGAAAAAGGUAUCUUACCAUCGGACUAUCCUCUGUUAAAAGGAAAAAGGGGAAUUAUUUGCUUGAGACAAUCAAGUCCAUAUUUGAGCAGUCAAGUUAUGAGGAGCUGAAAGAAAUUGCAGUAGUGGUGCACCUAGCAGAAUUUGACUCAUCUUGGUGUGAUGGGAUGGUUCAAGAUAUUUCGCAGAAAUUUGCCCAUCACAUAAUUGCUGGCAGAUUAAUGGUGAUUCACACUCCUGAAGAAUACUAUCCAGUAUUGGAUGGCCUUAAGAGAAAUUACAAUGACCCAGAAGAUCGGGUGAGGUUCCGUUCCAAGCAAAAUGUAGAUUAUGCUUUCUUGCUUAACUUCUGUGCUAAUCUUUCUGAUUAUUACAUGAUGUUAGAAGAUGACGUUCGAUGUGCCAAAAACUUCCUGACUGUAGUCAAGAAAGUCAUAACUUCACGAGAAGGAACCUACUGGGUGACAUUAGAAUUUUCCAAGUUGGGGUACAUUGGGAAACUGUAUCAUUCCCAUGACCUCCCCCGCCUGGCCCAUUUCUUGCUAAUGUUCUACCAGGAAAUGCCUUGUGAUUGGCUGCUGAUACAUUUCCGAGGGCUACUGGCUCAAAAGGAUGUGAUACGUUUCAAGCCUUCUCUCUUCCAGCACAUGGGAUAUUAUUCAUCUUACAAAGGAGCAGAGAAUAAAUUAAAAGAUGAUGACUUUGAAGAGGAUUCAUUUGACAUCCCUGAUAACCCACCUGCCAACCUGCACACUAACAUGAAUGUCUUUGAAAAUUAUGAAGCAAGCAAGGCUUACAGUAGUGUUGAUGAAUACUUCUGGGGAAAGGCACCCUCAACUGGAGAUUUCUAUGUAAUUGUCUUUGAAAAGCCAAUUAAAAUCAAUAGAAUUAAAGUUGUCACUGGAACAGAAGACCGACAAAAUGAUAUCUUGCAUCAUGGAGCUCUAGAAGUUGGGGAAAAAAUUGUUGGGGGCAAAAAGGGGAGACAAUGUACCACUUACUUACGACUAGGGGAGUUUAAAAAUGGAAAUGUGGAAAUUACAGAAGUAGAGCACAAGGUUCUUUUUGAUAUUAACUGUAUGAGAAUACUCAUUACCAAAAGCCAAAAGGAAUGGUUGAUCAUUAGGAGCAUUAGCAUAUGGACUUCACAGCCACCAAGUCAAUAAAGUCACUCUACCGCAGACACUUAUUAGGGACUAAGGACCAUAACUUGGAUUCUGAAGGGAAGG